CACCCUUCUGUUGGCUAUUUGGCUGCCUCCUCUGACUCCCCGAGCUCCAGUGUGAGCCUGCUGGCGCCCAGGGUUUCUCGCGGUCGGACGCGUGGCCGCCUCGCCACGGCCGGCUUCUUCAUAGAGCCGCGUGCAUCCGACAGGCUAGAGGAGGGUGCACCUACUCGUGGCCCCUCCUCCAGACGCGGUGGUCAGACCGCAAGUGUUUUUUCCUCGCUGGCAUUCUGGCUCUGUAACAUGAUGCAUACAGAGCCGGUCCGGCAGUUAGAAGAGGG